AUGCCUUAUAAUACUCGCCGCAAAUCCCUUUCCUUGACAUUGCUUGGGGUUCACGUCCCAGUCUCCCACGCCGAACGAGCCGCUGCCGCCGCAGCCGCUGCUACUGGAGCCGCUGCUGCUGGAACACCCUCUACGCACCAGAAUCUUUCGUCCUCCGGGUCGUCAUAUCCUCCUUCGAUCCUCGAGUUCUGGGUUCUCUCUUCCGGUGACGACGACGAUGAUGCGCACGCCGUGAGUGAGUCCUUCGCAGAGGUCGAUCUUUCACCUGACUUUGAUGACAUGGUCGAUGAUAUGAAUGUCCCCGUCACGCCAAUUGGGUCUUUUUCGAAGACUGUUCGCAUGCCCCGCUCCCUAAGAAGCGCCUCUCCCCCUUUGGAGAAGGACGAGAGAGAAUUUACUCAAACGGCAGACGGACUUCAUAAGCGCAAGCUGUCUGGCGAACCAUUACCAGGCUGUGGAGAGCAUGUCCAACCCGACGACCUUGCUCGGGAUGACCUAUUUGGAGACAGAUCAUACAUCGCCGCUGGGUCAACAGUGUCUACGAAUUUCAUGGCUAGUCCGGCAUUCCGAGCGACUUUCCCACCAUCAAGCACUAGAAAAGAGACAGAAGAUAACUGGCUGAAGUUUGGCAAGUCGCUCGAGUGGGACUACAAGCCCGAGGACAUUGAGCUCGAUGAGCUUGAUUGUUUGCUUGAUGCCUGCUGA